AUGUUUGUACUCCUGAUUUCCGUCUUGACGCUGCAUCAUGUUCAUGCUGCAUGCAAUGUGUCAGCGCUAUGCCCAGGAACAAACAGAACGGUUCAGGAUGAGAUCGUCAACCUGCACAAUCAUUUCAGGAGAAACGUCAGUCCCACUGCUGCGAACAUGCUGAAAAUGAAUUAUAGUGAGGAUGUAGCGGUCAGUGCUCAGGCCUGGGCUGACAAAUGUGUUCUGGCCCAUGGUCCACCCGACACACGCGAACUCAAAGGAUAUGGAAUGGGUGAGAAUCUGUUCUAUUCAUCCGUACCAUUGCCAUGGACGGACGUCAUCACUGCCUGGCACAAUGAGGUGGCGCUAUUCAAGUAUCCCGAUGGAGACUGGAACAAGACGGGUCACUACACACAGGUGGUGUGGAGCACCUCCUACAGAGUCGGCUGUGGAAUGACACAUUGUGCUAGCGAGGGCAUCUAUUUCUAUGCCUGCCACUACUACAGAGCAGGAAACUUCCAGGGAUGGCCAGUUUAUAAAAAAGGAGACUCGUGUGCCUCCUGUCCCAACAAUUGUGAGGACAGACUCUGCACCAACCCCUGUCCUUACAUAAACCCCUACCUCAACUGUCCAACCUUGAAAAACAUAUUUGGAUGCAGCAGUAAGUGGGUGACUGAGUGUGUUGCUUCAUGCAAAUGCCUCACUGAAAUUAUUCCAAUAGGCUAA